AAUUGGUUGAUGGUUUUCAGAUAUAUGACUGUGAACUAGAGGAUGUAGCAGACUUUGAAGGCCUGACAGACUUCUCAGAAACUUUCAAGUUGUACCGUGGCAAAUCGGAUGAGAAUGAAGACCCUUCUGUGGUAGGAGAGUUUAAGGGCUCCUUUCGAAUCUACCCCCUGCCAGAUGACCCCAGCAUGCCAGCCCCUCCCAGGCAGUUUCGGGAAUUACCUGACAGCGUCCCACAGGAAUGCACAGUUCGGAUUUACAUUGUUCAAGGCUUAGAGCUGCAGCCCCAGGACAACAAUGGCCUGUGUGACCCUUACAUAAAAAUAACACUGGGCAAAAAAGUAAUUGAAGACCGAGACCACUACAUUCCCAACACGCUCAACCCAGUUUUCGGCAGAAUGUAUGAACUGAGCUGCUAUUUACCUCAAGAAAAAGACCUGAAAAUUUCCGUCUACGAUUACGACACCUUUACCCGUGAUGAGAAAGUAGGAGAAACCAUCAUUGACCUGGAGAACCGCUUCCUCUCCCGCUUUGGCUCCCACUGCGGCAUCCCUGAGCAGUACUGCACCUCUGGAGUCAAUACCUGGCGAGAUCAGCUGAGACCAACGCAGUUGCUUCAAAAUGUAGCCAGAUUCAAAGGCUUCCCACAGCCCAUCCUUUCUGAAGAUGGAAGCAGAAUCAGAUAUGGGGGACAAGAAUACAGUUUGGAUGAAUUUGAAGUCAACAAAAUCCUGCACCAGCACCUAGGGGCCCCUGAAGAGCGUCUGGCACUCCACAUCCUCAGGACUCAAGGGUUGGUCCCGGAACACGUGGAAACGAGGACUUUGCACAGCACCUUCCAGCCCAACAUUUCCCAGGGAAAACUUCAGAUGUGGGUAGAUGUUUUCCCCAAGAGUUUGGGACCACCAGGCCCUCCUUUCAACAUCACACCCCGGAAAGCCAAGAAAUACUACCUACGUGUGAUCAUCUGGAACACCAAAGACGUUAUCUUGGAUGAGAAAAGUAUCACUGGAGAGGACAUGAGUGACAUCUACGUGAAAGGCUGGAUUCCUGGCAAAGAAGAAAACAAACAGAAAACAGAUGUCCAUUACAGGUCCUUGGAUGGUGAAGGGAAUUUUAACUGGAGAUUUGUUUUCCCAUUUGACUACCUCCCCGCUGAACAACUCUGUAUUCUUGCUAAAAAAGAGCAUUUCUGGAGCAUUGACCAAACAGAAUUCCGGGUCCCACCCCGACUGAUCAUUCAGAUAUGGGAUAACGACAAGUUUUCCCUGGAUGACUACUUGGGUUUCCUGGAACUUGAUUUGCAUCACACCAUCAUUCCAGCAAAAUCAUCAGAGAAAUGUAAUUUGGACAUGAUUCCAGACCUCAAAGCCAUGGACCCCCUUAAAGCAAAGACCGCCUCACUCUUUGAACAGAAGUCCAUGAAGGGAUGGUGGCCAUGCUACACAGAUAAAGAUGGCACCCGUGUGCUGGCUGGGAAAGUCGAGAUGACACUGGAGGUCCUCAAUGAGAAGGAGGCCGACGAGAGGCCAGCCGGGAAGGGGCGGGACGAACCCAACAUGAACCCCAAGCUGGAGCCACCAAACCGGCCCGAGACCUCCUUCCUCUGGUUCACCAACCCGUGCAAGACCAUGCGGUUUAUCGUGUGGCGCAGGUAUAAGUGGGUCAUCAUCGGCCUGCUCAUCCUGCUCAUCCUGCUGCUGUUCCUGGCGGUGCUCCUCUACUCGCUGCCGAACUAUUUGUCAAUGAAGAUUGUGAAGCCAAAUGAAUAAUAAAAGCAAAGUCUUCUUUUCAAGAGUCAUUCAUCAAUGAGGGAAUCUUGCCUCUGUUUGUAGACCAAAUUCAAAUGUGACUGUUUGGAUCUAAUACCAUAGCCCACUGGCAUGUUGCACUACUUUACCAAAGCCCAUCAGCUCCCAGGGGGUCUAAAUCCUGGAAAGCCAGGCCAACAAGCAAUAUUUUUAACUUUUAGAGUAUUGAAAGUUUUAUUUUCUCAUGUUUUUAACCAUGUUUUUCAGAAUAUUUUUCAAGGUGGCUGGUUCCAUUUAAAAAUCAUCUUUUUAAUGUGUUCUCCAUUCUAUGAAUCAAGUUUUGGAAAUUGCUGAGAUGGAAUUUGAAAGCUUCUUGCUGUCAUUAUACUUCUUAUUUGUAAUCCAAAGAAAAGACUGCAUUGUAAAAAUAGUUAGACUAGUUGGAGUAAUUCUUAUUUAUGACUGUAACAUGUUAUGGUAUUUUAUAUGGAUAAACAUCAUAAGAUUAUAUUCAAUCUCUGUGAUGA